CUGAGACAGAAAAGGAACAAGACCAGAAGCAGUGUGCUUUGCUGCCAGCAUUCUCUCCGGCAGCGGGAUAAGGAAAUCAAGACUGUAGGCACUACAUGGGAGAGAAACACAAUUCUGAGCUUUAACCAUGAUUGCAUCCAAUAGCUUGUCUUGUUCUUUUCCUGUUUUCUGGCUUUUUCUACAAUUGUCCUUGACUGCAGCAUUUAACUUGGAUGUUACUAACACUAUCCACAAAGAUGGGGACAAGAACACCUUCUUUGGAUUUUCAGUCGCCUUGCACAAGCAAUUAAGUUCAGAGCCUCGCAGUUGGAUAUUAGUGGGUGCUCCACUGGCCCGUGAUGAGAAGCUGCCCCGAAGUGGCGCUAUUUAUGCUUGUCCCCUAACCAAAGAUUCCAAAGAUUGUCAACGUGUGGAUAUUGACAAUGAAGUGAAUCCUGCCAAGGAAAGCAAAGAAAAUCAAUGGCUGGGAGUGAAUGUGAAAAGCCAAGGAGUCGGUGGAAAAGUAGUGGCAUGUGCACAUCUGUAUGAGGCCAGGCAACGUGUGAAUCAGUCAUCAGAAACACGGGAUGUAAUUGGGCGAUGUUAUGUACUUAGUGAUGACUUAACAAUCCGUGAUGACCUGGAUGGUGGCGACUGGAAGUUCUGUGAAGGAAGAGCCCAAGGGCAUGACCACUUUGGGUUUUGUCAGCAGGGUUCAGCAGUGAGCUUCACUUCCGAUAACCACUAUAUUCUGUUUGGAGCACCGGGCACUUACAACUGGAGGGGUAACGUUCGAGUGGAAUUGUUUAACCAGUCGUUUUCCGAAGUGAGUCUGAGUAGUUUUGAUGAUGGGCCUUAUGAGGCAGGAGAUGAGAAGCUGCAGGACCCCAGAUUAAUCCCUGUGAAAGCACACAGCUACUUUGGAUUUUCAGUGGAUUCGGGGAAAGGGCUCACCAACAAAAGUGAGCUGAGUUUCGUAGCUGGUGCACCAAGAGCCAACCACGUAGGAGCUGUGGUGAUCCUGAAGAAGGACAACGUGAAUCGACUUGUGCAGGAACAUAUUCUAUGGGGGGAAGAAGUAGCAUCUUCAUUUGGCUACUCUGUGGCUGUGACAGACCUCAACAAUGAUGGGUGGAUGGACCUAGCUGUUGGAGCACCAUAUUAUUUUGACCGAAGGGAAGAAAUUGGUGGUGCAGUGUACAUCUAUAUUAAUCAAGUGGGAAAAUGGAAUGAAGUGAAGCCAUCCCGCCUCAAUGGAACUUAUGCUUCCAUGUUCGGGUUGUGUGUUGUAAGCAUUGGGGAUCUUAACCAGGACGGGUUUGGAGAUAUUGCUGUAGGAGCCCCAUUUGAUGGGCAUGGGAAGGUUUACAUAUACCAUGGAAGCAGUCUGGGAAUUAACUCCAAGCCUGCCCAGGUCUUAAACGGUGAAGGGGUUGGGGUGAAGACUUUUGGAUAUUCUAUCUCAGGCAGACUAGAUAUAGAUGGCAACACCUACCCUGAUGUUGCUAUUGGCUCUCUAUCAGAUUCUGUUGUCCUGUACAGGGCAAGAACAGUAAUAAACAUCAAGCGUACAAUCACUCUUGAUCCGCCAGUUAUAUCCUUGAAGCAACACGAUGGUAGCAGCAGAGCUUCAUCAACCGUACGGGUGUCUGUGAAGGUUUGUUUUACUUACAGUGCCAGUCCUGCAAGCUAUAACCCUGCAAUUACACUUGCAUAUGUAAUUGAAGCCGAUUCUGCCCGGAGAAUGUUGGGUUUAGUUCAUCGAGUGAUUUUCCCUAAACGGAGUUCUUUAGAUCCAGAGUAUCAGUACAGUGGCACUAUUGAACUGCCUAGGCAAUCGGUUGAACGGUGCUUUGAGACUAUCUUCCAUCUUCAGGAGAACAUCAAAGACAAACUGCGUGCCAUCCCAGUGACCCUUACAUACAGCAUCAAACAGGCCCGCCAUAAAAAGAGGCAAGCACCAACUCAGCUGGAUGCUCUAAUGCCAGUGCUAAAUGCUCAACAACUGAACACCAUUAAAGCAGAGGUGAACUUCCAGAAAGAGGGAUGUGGUGCAGACAAGAUCUGUCAAAGUAACCUACAACUGCAGUCUCAUUUCAUGUCCCAGGAAAGUGGUACAGAGCGUUUCCAGCCACUGAAAUUGGAUUCACAGAAGAGGCCAGUUUUCAACUUGAGUGACCAGAAGAACAUUGCUUUGGAAGUGACGAUCACUAAUCAUCCAUCUGACCAGAAGCACACCCACAAAGAUGGUGAUGAUGCUUAUGAGGCUCAGCUGAUUGCUAGUUUUCCAGAUACAUUGUCCUAUUCUGGCUUUCGAUGUGAGGAUAAGCAGAUUGUUUGUAUAGCCAAUCAGAAUGGAUCACAGGCAGAAUGUGAGCUGGGAAACCCAAUGAAAAGGAAUGCAGAGGUCAAGCUCCGUCUCAUUUUAAGUACUUCUGGGAUCACAAUAGAAACAACACAACUUGAUGUUAAUUUACAGUUGGCAACGACUAGUGAGCAGCAACAUCUGGGUCCAUACAUCGCCAGUGCACUUGUGGUCAUUGAACUGCCAGUGUCUGUUACUGGUUUGGUGUCUUCACAUCAGCUUUUCUUCAGUGGUGAGGUUGUAGGUGAGAAAGCAAUGAAGACAGAGCAGGAUAUUGGACAGCUGGUGGAAUAUAAAAUACAAGUGUCUAACAGAGGGAAGUCGCUGAAUACCCUUGGCUCAGCAUUCCUCAAUGUCAUGUGGCCUCAUGAGAUCAGUAAUGGCAAGUGGCUGCUGUAUCCUAUGAAACUGCAGUUUGAGGGGGACCGCCAGACAGAGUGUACACCAUUUGAUGGAGUUAACCCUCUAAAACUGGAUUCUGUUAGUAGAAGAGAGAGGCGUGAGAUUGAUAGACAGCCAGAGGACAGCAGCAGCAGCAGCAGCAACAGCAACGCAGUGUGGCCUGUGGCAUCCUUAGAAAAGAUUACACACAGCUUGGACUGUCAGACAGGCACUGCAAACUGCAUUGUGUUCAGAUGCCCCCUCUUCAGCUUUGAUAGAUCAGCCAGCCUGAAGAUCCGUGGCAGACUAUGGAAUGCAACCUUCCUGGAGGAGUUUUCAACUGUUAGCAGAAUUGAUGUGGUAGUCCGUGCAAACAUUACUGUGAAAUCCAGCAUCCAAAAUCUCAUACUGAAGAAUGCAGUGACCCAGAUCCCCGUUUCCAUUUACCCGGAGCCAGAGAGAGCAGAGUAUGUGGGUGUGCCCUGGUGGAUUAUACUGAUUGCUGUCCUGGCUGGAAUCCUGAUGCUGGCCUUGUUGGUAUUGUUACUGUGGAAGUGUGGUUUCUUCAAGAGGACGAGAAGGGAACCUGAGCAUACCACCACGUAUUACCGGGCCCACUUAGGGGUCCAGCCUUCAGAGCUGGAAAAACAAACAACAGAACCUUACCCAUAUCCUCUUAUUGAGCGUGCGGAUUCUUCAAGCGGACCACACCCCAGGACAAAGUCCCUCAGUAUCAUGCAGUGAAAAUCCCUAAAGAAGAUCGUCAGCAGUACAAGGAAGAAAAAACAGGGACCCUACAGAAGAAGGACUGGGUGACAAACUGGAAUGAAAAUGAUGGCUACUUAUAAAUUCACAUAUAUUAAACAUUUGACCUGAUAACAAGUCCUCCACCCCCAGAAAACAUGUAUCUUGGUUUCUGAUAACUAAAGACAAACAGAAAGAAUUGCCAAGCUGAUAAUAUAUUGCUUCAGCAGCAUAUGGACUUAAAAUGGAAAUAUGUGGGUGGCAUAUUUAAGAGAAAUGAUGAUAUUCUGCUAAGUAAAGAAGAAGAACUGUAUCCUGGGUGGUGGAUUCACUUGAAGUGUUAGAUGACCUGAGAAAAAGCUUGGGGGAGUCAAGGUCUACCCUGCAAAAUGUUAUGAGCUCUGGUGAGCUGUUGGACUCAUUUCCCUGUCAUUUCAUCAAUCUCUGUUAUUUGGGAAAGGUAGAGGUUAAUUUCGAUAUGUGACAUUAUCAUAACUAGCUACUGAGAGCUGACAGUGAAUGUACAGAUUGUUUCUUUUAUGUGCAUAUUUGUAGGAAGAUGUGUUUUGGUACAGGACAGCCCAUGAUUUUUGAAACAUUUGCAUAGAUUAUCUUUAAAUCCUUUUGCCAGAUGCAGAAUUUAUUCCUAUCACUGAAACAGUGUCAUUUCAUGCAUGUAUUCCAGCAUCAGGAAUAGAACAUAAAGCUAUUGGUUGAUAGGGUAUACCUUCUGUUUGUGUGAGUGAGGUGAAAAGGAUUGUAGAGGGAAUGAUACAAUCACAAAAAAAUGUAUGAAGUACUGUAACCAAAACUGUUAGCUUUACCUGUUACAGACAGUCAGAAAUGGAAUGUUGAAUACCCAACUAAAUGCACUAAAGGCUUUUGGUUUAGUAUGGGGACAGUUAUAUUCCGAAUCUGUAAGGUUACCUUGUACUAAAUGUCCAUCUCUCAUUUAGCAGUUCUAGUGGCAGAAGCAGACACAGUUAAAAUAGUCUGUGGUGGAAUCAUUGCACUCUGGAAGGUGCUAGAAAGAUUGAAUUAAGGAGGAACACAUAUUACUCAUUAGUGGUGUUGAUUACUGCCCAUUGUCACUCUUCUUACAUUUGUCCUGUCCUCUUGUUUGUAACAUUAUUCCCAAAAGAAUUUUCAGCUAACCUAACAGUGUAGUCGUGGUAUUACCACUCCCAAAACUACCAACCUGAAUUCAAGGACAAACGGCCAUGCUUAGGAGGAAGCAAGAGAUUUCCAGAACAUACUUUAACUCCUCCUGGACAAAUAUUCUAAACCACUGUUACAUGCCUACCACCUGCUUAGCCAAAAUGUGCAGAAAGUCGCCACUAUGUCUUGUCAUUUCAGUAAUCUUUCUACAGUCCUGAAAAGAAUGCAAUAUUUAUUUGGAAGUAAUUUGUGGACCAGUAUGAAUGAGAAAUAACUUGUAACUAAAUAUACAGUCAAUGCUUAAUGGAAGAAAUACAUUUGACCAGGGUUACUUGAGAGUGUCACACAUCAGGAAUGGCAUCUUUUUUUGUCAAAAAUUUACAUUCAUUUCUUUACUUAGAAUCAGACACAUUUUGCUCAUUUUUUCAUUACAUUUUGUUCCAAAUCAGUACAUUUUAAAAGCAUUUUAAUGAGUUUUAAAUAAGGUAUCCUAUUGUUGCGUGUUUUGUAGUUUAACACUUUUUUUCUGCCUAAUUAGUUCUUUUCACUUUGUCAAAUGAAGCUCCAUUUUAAGACACACAGAUUUUUUUUUUAUGAUAAUAGCACAAACCAGUUUGCAUUUUGUCAAGACAGAGACAUUAUAACCUGUCUUUACAUAUUUAUUAUGGGGGUAUGCAUAGUUGCAAUGAAAAUUGGCACAAAAGCCACCAAACACAACUUUUUAAAGUAUUGUUUCACUAAAAUAAACAUUGCUAAAAAUAUAAACAUGCUCUCAACAUUCCCACUUCCUUGCUAACUAAUUUAAUCAUCCUUGAGGUCACCAAAUCUUAAAAAGAAACAAAAAAAAAACAAAGAAAUCUUCUUACCCGUAACAGCCCUGAAGUUCAUAGAAGAUUAACAAACUGCCAUUUUUGCAUCAAUCUAUCUAUUGGUGUUGCAACACAGAAGUGGUUUCUGCAUGAUUAUUUAUCAUUAUCAAGGGCACAGGCUUCUAAAACCUUGAAAUGAUACCCCAUUAAUUUAAAACGCAGAAAGGUAAAGGUAACCAUUGGUCAAAAUCAGAUAGCAAAAUGCUUUGAGUUUUUCUGUCUUACUAAUAUGGCCCUGUCUACAAAUGUGUUAAAACUGGCCUUUAAGAUCUAACAUGUUUCUUAAAGUUUUUGUUGCAUUAAUAACAGCUUCAAUUGUUAACUUAGAAACAUUUUAAUGCAGUUUUGAUAUUCUGCUGUUAAGACUAAACUAAGCAAAUAAUAAUACUACAAAAGCAGUAGUCUAAACAAGCUACUGAUAUGAAACAGUCUGUCAGUAGUCAAGUGGCUUGAGCCAACUAAAAGAUUAUAUUUUAUGUACAGUUUUAUUUUCCAUAGUUAGGCUUACACUUAAAAGAUAUCAUUGUGAUACCUUGCACUACUGAAUUUUAACUUUUGUUUAUUUUUAUUCCAAUUUAUGGAAUUUCAUUAUCUGUUUUGUUUUCAGGGUUCCCUGUUAUCUAGUAACCAUAUUUGGAUGCAGUUUAGCCAACACAGAGGUUAUCAUUAGUGACUACUGUUAACUCCAUAUGCUGUGGCAAAUAAUACAUUGAGCAGUGCCUGUCCUGUGGAGUACUGUCAGUGGUAAUACUGUCAGUGGAAUACCGUCAGUGGUAAUACUGUCAGUGGGAAUACCAUCAGUGGAAUAUCAGUGGAAUACUGUCAGUGGAAUACUGUCAGUGGUAAUACCAUCAGUGGAAUACUGUCAGUGGUAAUACCGUCAGUGGGAAUACCGUCAGUGGGAUACUGUCAGUGGUAAUACCAUCAUUGGGAUACUGUCAAUGGUAAUACAGUCAGUGGAAUACCGUCAGUGGUAAUACUAUCAGUGGUAAUACCGUCAGUGGUAAUACCAUCAGUGGAAUACCAUCAAUGGUAAUACCGUCAGUGGUAUAUUAGAACACUACAAAAAUCUGCAUUUAGACGAUGUUCUUCCUUCUCUGCAGGAUAUCAUCAUGGUUCCAGCCAACGUUCUCUCUACCUGUAGUCAGUCAGGUGAAGGGGGCACAGUGAAGCACACGUUCCUCCCUUCUCAAAGAAGAUCCAUCAGCAGUACUGAGUCCCCUCCAGACCCUGAUUACUGGACAACGAGUUGUACUUCUUCGGCUGUACUGAUGGGCCAACUCAGUUUUUACUUUGUCUAAUGUAUGCAUGAACUCAGAUUCUGACUUUUUUGAACCAUUAAUUCCCAAGUACAGGACAGGUACCAUGUACAGGGACAGAAAGAACAGAAAUGAGCAGGGUUUGAAAGUCUGUUUUUCUCUUUUAAUGUGAAGUGCCUUGUUCCAUCUUAUCCCACUACCUGUUUACCUGUGCUUUACAAUUUUAGUGAUUUUUACAAACAUUAAAAUCCAGCAAUGAGUUGAA